GGCGGGGAGUUGGCGGAGUAGCUCCUGUCUGCAUCUUCUUCGUCUUCUCCGACCCGUAGUCUUAACAUCCCGACCUCCCUGUCCCCGACUUUUCAGCUGCCACGCAGACAAUCUCUCGGGCCCCCAGGUGAGCGUGAGACGUACACUGUAAUUGAAGAAAAAUGAUGGAAGAGAGUGGAAUAGAGACAACACCACCUGGCACUCCUCCUCUAACGCUUUCUGAACUGGCUGCUGCUGCUGCAGUGUCUUCCACCACAGUUCCUUUGGCUGCAACCAGUUCUUUUUCUUCUCCAGAUGUGUCCUCCAUGCCAUCGUUGGCACCCCACGCAUACUCUACCCCUCAGCCGUCCCUUCCUCCUGUGACGCCAUCAGCAUCGUUGCCUUUUGUGCCUCCCUCACCAGUCCCUUCUGCCCCACCACUUGCUACUUCUAUGCCAACUCCUGUUUCUCCACCCUCUGCUGCUGCCUUCGGUAAUCCGCCUGUGUCCCACUUCCCACCUUCACCUUCUGCCCCAAGUCCUGUUCUGUCUGCACCCUCUUCGGGUCCUCCUACAUCAGGAUUUGCUGUUGGUUCAGCUUAUGACAUUACAAGGGGACAUGCAGGAAGAGCUCCGCAGACACCCCUGAUGCCAUCAUUUUCUGCACCUCCCGUAACAGGUGUUUUGCCAACUCCUAUUACUCAGCAAGCCAGUCUGACAUCUCUGGCCCAGGGACCGGGAACCACAUCAGCCAUUACUUUUCCAGAGGAACAAGAAGAUCCUAGAAUUGUUAGAGGUCAGGAUGAAGCAUCUGCUGGUGGACUCUGGGGUUUUAUUAAGGGUGUGGCUGGAAAUCCUGUGGUGAAAUCUGUGCUUGAUAAAACAAAACAUUCCGUAGAAAGCAUGAUUACAACGCUGGACCCUGGCAUGGCUCCGUAUAUCAAAUCUGGAGGUGAACUGGAUAUUGUAGUGACUUCCAAUAAAGACGUAAAAGUUGCUGCCGUCCGUGAUGCCUUCCAGGAGGUCUUUGGUUUAGCUGUGGUGGUGGGGGAGGCCGUGCAGCCCAAUAUUGCCCCGCAACCAGUGGGCUAUGCCGCGGGACUAAAAGGUGCCCAGGAACGGAUAGAUACUUUGCGUCGAACUGGAGUGAUCCAUGAAAAACAGAUUGCUGUGUCAGUAGAAAACUUUAUUGCAGAAUUGCUACCUGACAAAUGGUUUGACAUUGGUUGUUUGAUAGUUGAAGAUCCUGUUCAUGGCAUUCAUCUAGAAACAUUUACACAAGCCACACCAGUGCCUUCGGAAUUUGUACAAAAGGCUCAAAGUCUAACUCCCGAGGACUACAAUCUGAGGUGGUCAGGCCUUUUGGUGACAGUGGGCGAAGUCCUGGAAAAGAAUUUAGCAAAUGUCAGCCGGACUGAUUGGCACUUGACUUUCACGGGCAUGUCACGUCGACAGAUGAUAUACAGUGCAGCCAGAGCAAUAGCGGGCAUGUAUAAACAGCGCCUGCCGCCCAGGACCAUGUGAGAGGACACUUACCUAGGGGACUGAGCUGUCCUCACCUCGAGCCUGGUGGGAAAGUAGAGAUUGUCCCUUCUUAAACUAGGAGCUUCAGUGAUCCAGAAGUUUCCACAAUUUUCCUGUAGGCUGCAGCUUUUCUUUCUAGAAAGGCAUGGUGUCAUGCCAGCUGAUGAAAAGAAACAGAUCCUUUUUAUUACUAUAAUUCAUGUACCAUAGUUCUCCAAAAAGAAAAUAUAUAAAUAUUUUUAUAGGACAAUUUGAUAUACCAAAUUCAUGCGGUGCAAAUUCAUUUAUUGAGACAUUUAACUUAAUGAUGUGUACAUUAUUUUGUUUUUUAAGAAGACAGUUAAUUAAAGAAUAUGUUUAUUGGAUAUUCUUUAAAAGCAUUGUUUCUUUUAAUUCAUGAUUAAUCUCUUCCUGUCAGUCUUUGAAGUUUCUGUGUGUGCACGUGAUCUCAGGUCUGAUGCUGAGCGCUGCACUCAGCGGUUUAGCCUGACACCCACUUGUGCACAUGUGUGUGCACGUUUUUAACAUGGGCCAAAACAACAGAAUUGAUUGCUUUUUUUUUUGGUUAUGUACACACACAGUCUGAAUAAUUCUACUUUUUCCUUUUUUUCAAAAAUAAGUUUUGGCUUUUUACAGAUUUAUGCUCUGAACACUAGGGUAAUGCAUUUUGUUUUCUCAUUGCUCUAUGACAAUGAGGUGGCAGAUGAUUCAAGCAUAUUUUAAAUCAAACAUUUGGGUCAUUUUUAAACAAUGCUAUUCAGUAUUUCCCAUUAAACUGCCAACAGCCAUUAUUUCUGCUUUCACUCCUCUAUAUUGCCACUGUAAUAGAGAAAUUUUUGAGAAGAAAUUACUUUGUUAUUUAUGAGAUUGUAUGCCUCCUAUUUUAAGUUUACUUCUUACUAAGUUUGCCUUAAACACUGCUUUUCUAACUUUGUGCUAUUCUGCCUUUACUUUUUAUGGAAGUUUUCAAAGAAAAUUUUUAUAUUCAAUCUGGUUUACUUAGUCCAUUAUGUUGGUAUUUAGUGAAAGCUUCUGUUUCUUCCAAAUAAUAUAUUUUACCAUUUGGGGAUUUAUAUGUUAAUAAAUCAAAAUUAAAUAGUAUUGUCUUACAUUUUUCAACUCUAUGUAUGCAAGUUCAAGUAACUUUUUGAAGAUAGUUUCUUAUAUAAAUGCAAUUUAAUUUUUAUUUAGUCUUCUGUGCAGUUCUUCAGAUGUAAAAGAAUUAGCACAAUCUUAUAUAAAGAUUGAAGCUCUUAUCCUACAUUGUCAUCACGUAAUGUUUGCUUGUAUUAUUUGAAGUACUUAUUUGGUUUUUGCUGUUUUUUACCCGGGGAUGAGAUGAGUAAGUAUUAAUUUUGCAGCUAGGAUAUAUGUUAAUUUCCAAGCACUGUAUAAUGAUUGUUCAGUGAAAUUCAGACUUCCGUGUCAUUAAAAGUAAUGAGAGAGAAGAGAUGUAACCAGUUGUUGUGGAAUAACAGGAACAGAAUACUUUUUCCCCUCUUUAUUGGUGUUUAUAGAAUAGUUCGUCUCUGUGUUCCCUAUCUUUCACAAAUAAGAAAAACCUUUCUCUAUCAUUUGCAUUUAUCCUUUAUUUUCAAAAGCUACCCUCUUCUAACAGCAUUUUAUCAUGGCAUGGCCGGAUGACUAAUCACAGGGAUGAAGGAAAAUAUUCCCAUACUUAAAAUAUUUUUGCUACUUUCUCUCCUGUCACAGGGAAAUUUUACAGAUCCUAAAAAGUCUAAGUUUUAAUUCUGUUUUUAUUUUACCAAGUCUCAAAUAUUUGAUGUGUUUUGAGUGGUUUUCAUAGAAUCACAAACACUGACAUCCCAUUAGAUGGCUAUUUUCUUAGAAUCCUCAGAUAGCAGUGGCAGAGUUAUUCUAUGGCCUGGUUGAAGCCAGGUGAUUUUCCUGCACCUGGUAAUUUGGUAAACCUUUUGCUAUUUGAAACAGUGUGAGUGGGUGAGGAGGUGGAUUAGGGAAGGGCAGAUGGAAAAGAGAAAUACAUGAUCUGCUUCUGGCCAUUACUGAUUCUUUAUUUGGCCCAGACUUAUCUUUGAAAGGCCUUAGAGUGUGACUGACUCCACACGCUCAGCCUUCCCAACUGCUUAUUUAUUUUCUCAUCCUUAGAUUUCAGUGUUGUACAAAGGGCAAGGAAAGUAAGUCUCACAUGCCACAGCACCAUUAGCCAGGCAAUGUGCUAGUGUUGGUAUUGUGGCAUAAGAUGCUAGUCCUCAGUUAAAGACCAGGGUUCCCUUUACCAAGGGUCCAACUGCCCCUGUUCUUUUCUUGCUCAUUUCCUUCUAACUCGUAUAGUAGCAUUUUUUAGUGAGAGUUGGACGGAGGGCUAUUUGCUAUUUUCUCCCUCAAGCUUCUUAGGCAAACCUACAUAGUACUUCACUGCUGUGUUGUUUUGGUCGUGUUUGUGAUUUUUUUUUCCCCCUUCUGAAGUGCUCCAGGAACUACUUACUGAAUUUUAUAAGCUUGUAUAUGUCUUUAUUUGAAUUUAGUGUGGGGGAAAAAAAAA